AUGUCACAUCUGUUCCCACCAUCGUCGCCUGUUGCCGAUAAGCCAUUACAAAGCCCCCAAAAAGAGCUAAGUGUCUUUGGAAAAUCUUCAGUAUUAACUCUUGGAAGAAAACGGUUCAAUCACCCAGACUCCGAUGUAGAAGAGUACCCUACUCCAGAUCCGUCUUCUAGUAUUGGAAGAUUGUCGUCGCCGGUGAAGAACCGAACUUCAAAUAUAGAGGAGUCCAAGUCUACUUGCACUUUGUUAUCUCCUUCAAAAAAAAUGAACCGUAGUGCAAAAUUUAUCAAGGUUGAGUUAGAUCCCACAGAUCCUUCUCGUUUGGCAAUUGGUAGAAAGAAAUCAGUUUGUAAUGUCAUUUUGCCAUGCAGGAAAAAUAUAUCUAGGCAACAUGCGUUCAUUUCAUAUGUCACUGGUAGAAACGAAAUAAAAUUGGAGUGCAACGGCACUAAUGGGUUAUCUGUCCUUUUCCCAUGCUCCAUGGACUUGCACUUGCUAAAACCCUUUCCAACAAGGAAUUUUUACAAACUAAUGAUGGAAGUGCCUGCGAAUUUACAGAAUUCAAAUGAAACACUUACAAAGUCUCUCCAGAAAAACAACGACGUCAGCAGUUUUGCCUUAGUGAAAGGUGAAGCUGUGUCGUUCCCGUAUAUCGAAGGAACUCUAAUAAACUUUACUGGCGCUACAGUCUGUCUAUGCUUGAAAGAAGUACAACAUUAUCUUGAAAAUUGCAACAACGAUUUUAACGAGGAAAAUUCAACAGAAACGGAAGAUGAACUGUGUUUAUUAUCAGCAAAUAGUGACGAUUUUCCUCGGCCAGCAAAGACUCCUUCGAUGAAACUCAUCCCCGUUGCGCAUUCGCCUUGUACAGAAUUGAUCUCCAAACCGUCACUUUCCGAAUCACCAGCCUUUAUGAAGAGGUCCCCCAUAACCCAUAAAACAACACCACAGUCAUCUUUCGUUAUUCAACAGCCAUGUACCCCAAAGAAGCUCAAGCGGAAACUAACUUCUAUAAAAAACAAUACUGUUCAGGAGACGCCGCUUCCUAAAGAUAAGGUUACGGAACCACCAAAUUCUCGUAGUAGCAAUGGAAAUACUAACGAAGGCGCAAAUCACCGUCUUUCAGAUAAUUUUGCGGUCGAAACAAGAUUCACCGAGCCACUUUCAAAAAUUACUGACGAAUCUCCUUCAUGUAAACGUCAAAAGACAUUAAUAAAUAAUCAUUCCGAAAUUUUUCAAUUGCUUGCGAAAAGAGGAAUUCACAGGGACGACUUUGUUCAUGUAUUAUGCAAUCAUCUUGCUUUUUCUAAUCUCCAACAAACUCCGUUAUCCGACUUACAGAACAUCAAUUCAAUCACUUCACAGUUGAGCAGAAGUGAAUUAAAAGAAGUACUGGAUACUAUUGGCUGUAUUGGUAUCAUCAUACGUGCAGGGAAAGAUGCCUCUGGUAAUGAGUUAGAAGAUGAGUAUUACUAUGACAUUGAAAAUGAUGAUAACGAUGAGAGAAAGAUCUUGUAUAAUUCAUUGAAAGGCAGUAGUCGAUUAAGAACAUGCAGGAAGAAGCAUAAACAGUAUUUUUGGAAAAAGCCAACGAAAUGA